AUUUUCUGGCUGGUUGGGUGCGGGGCUGCUUCCCGCACCUCCGUCCCGAUAGCUUCUGGCCACAGCCCCGCCCCACCCCCCGCAGCAUGGAGCUGGAGAACCCCAGCGGACCCUCCCCUGGGCAGACCUUCUCCGGCCUCCUGCAGCGGCUCACUUGCCAGGGCGCACCCAGCACGAAAAGGGCGGCCCAGGACCCAGCGGUCCAGGAGCUGUACUCCCUGAUAGGAGCAGCGGAUUGGCCCGCGCUCUUGCAGGGGGAUCCCGGGAUUCCCCAAGCGCUGGGACAGGUGGCCCGCACUCUGUGCGGCCAGGCAGCCCCACCCAAAGAAGAGGAUGCCCGUGGCGCCCCGGCAACCCUCGGAGUAGAGCGAGCAGCCCGCGUCGGGGCUGUGUUCCUUGGGCUACUGGAAAGAAUGGAGGCUGCCAAAGGCUCGCUGGGUCCGGCCGGGGUGAUGCCCGCACUGCGCCCCGCCGCCCCGCACAUCUACAUCUUCUCGGUCACGCACUGCCAGGAGCACACGUGGACCAGUCCCGAAUCCCAGAAAGUGGCCCAAGAGGUGCUGGCCUUGCUGCUGAGAGUCACCGACUGUGUGUCGGUGGCAGAAUUCCUCCGAGGAGAAACUGAGGACCAAUCAGGCAUGUUCACAGCGGUGAUGGGUCUUCUCAAACCGGAGCUGAACAAGGAAUCCUGGAAGAACAACCCUGCCACGAAGCACAUAUUUUCGUGGACUCUGCAUCAGGUCACUAGGCCCUGGCUGAGUCAUCAUCUGGAAAGGAUCCUCCCUCCCUCCCUGCUCAUCUCAGAUGACUACCAGACUGAGAACAAAGUCUUAGGUGUGCAGUGCCUCCAUCACAUUGUGCUCAAUGUGCCAGCUGCUGAUUUGUGCCAAUUUAACAGAUCACAAGUCCUCUACCACGCCUUAUUCAAUCAUCUGUACACACCAGAACCGGAUCUUAUCCAGGCAGUGUUGCAGUGUCUACUGGACCUGUUUCCUGUCCUGGAGAGGCCGUUACAGUGGAAGGCCCCUGAGCGCAGACUCGCUGGUCCCUGUGAUGACGUGCUGCAGUUGACCCUGACCCAUAUGGAACCAGAGUACCGCCUCCUCCUUCGAAGAACCUAUGCCCGGAACCUGCCUGCUUUUGUACGGAGGCUGGGGAUCCUGACAGUGCGACACUUGAAAAGACUGGAACAAGUGAUUAUAGGCUACCUGGAAGUCUAUGAUGGACCUGAGGAGGAGGCCAGGCUAAGAAUAUUGGAAACGCUUAAACUUACCAUCCAGCAUUGUUGGCCAAGGAUUCCUUGCAGACUAGAAAUCUUCCUGAAGGCCCUCCUAAAAAUGGUAUGUGAUGUGGUGAGGGACCAGAGUCUAACACCUGAGCCUGUGAAGGCAGCCCUGCUACAGGAGGCCACUGACUGUCUUAUUCUCUUGGACCACUGCUCUUCUGGGCAGGUAACGAGUCUGCUGGCCAAAGCCGUCCAAAGUUGUGAAGAUGACAGGGUACUAGAUUGUAUCAGAAAAGUACGGCAGCUUUCAGGAAUACCAACUGAAGCUGGAAUGUAGACAGAUACGCUUCCUUUUAAAAAAAAUAAAUAUAUUUUUUCUUAUUUGAAGAUAAAAUGUUACCUUUCCUUCAUCAUCCUAAGCUGAAGAAAAGGAUUCCUAUGUCUUCCCUAUAGUUUGAAUUACAAAGGUAGUUUCAGGAGCAGAAAGAUUUCCCACUCAGUAUAAAAGGGACUGUGGAAAUAGGGUGGCCUGUUUCUUUUUUCCCCUUAACUCCAUAGGAGCAGGGACCAAGAAGAGUAAAAAACAUCUUUAGCAAAAAAGAGUGAAAUCAAGGGCAGCUAGGUGGCACAGUGGAUAGAAUGCCAGGCCUAUACUUAGAAAGACCUGAGUUCAAAUCUGGCC